UGGGGAAGUAAAGGCAGAGGAAGUGGAGGAAAUAAGGAGAGGGGAGAGAUGGUGGGUACAGUGUGUGGGUACAAAAACAUCAAGCAGCAGCACAGCGUAGGGAGUACGUGAAGGACGGGGGCCUGACAUGUGAUUGAAGAGGGUGAGUUCGGGAACACUAUGAGCAGGUUACUUCUGCAUUUGCUCACAGUGCUUCUUAGAGUCUAUUUGUAUGGGAAACCUACUACUGUGAGGAAGUGAGGAGCUGUCAGAAAGUGAUCCAGGUGAGAAUCAGGAAGGUAAUUGAAACUCAGAAGGAAGAGAGAGACCGGCAGAAGCAGACACCGAGAGAGAGACAAACAGGUACAUGAAAGGGAAAGGUGUUUUCUUAGAGAUCUGAACUUGUCUCUGUGUGAUUAUAAUUGUGUCUGUGUUUGUCUUGUUUCUGUCUGUCCUGAAGGAUCCUGACUGUGCACCUGCCAGCACAAUGGGCCCUCCUCUAAAGGUUCACGAGCUGAUCCGAGCAAUCCGGAGUGUUAAAACACAGAAUGAAGAGCGAGAGGUGAUCCAGAGAGAGUGCGCUGACAUCCGCUCUUCUUUCCGGGAUGAGGACACUUUGUAUCGUGGACGAAGUGUCGCCAAACUUCUCUACAUGCAUAUGCUUGGGUAUCCUGCACACUUUGGACAGAUGGAAUGCUUGAAGCUGAUAGCUUCACCCAGAUAUACGGACAAACGCAUUGGAUACCUUGGAGCGAUGAUGUUAUUGGAUGAGAGGCAGGAUGCCCAUCUAUUAAUAACUAACAGUAUGAAAAGGGAUCUAGAGCACAAUUCUCCCCUUAUUCAAGGCUUGGCUCUUUGCACUCUGGCCUGUCUGGGAUCCACUGAGAUGUGUCGUGACUUGGCUGGGGAGGUGGAACGGCUCCUGCGGACCUCAAGUAGCCACGUCAAGAAAAAGGCUGUACUAUGUGCUGUUCACAUAGUUCGUAAAGUUCCAGAGCUGGUAGAAAUGUUCAUUCCUGUGAGUGAGGAGCUACUGGGAGAAAAGAGACAUGGUGUGCUGUAUGGAGCUGUUCUCCUGGUCACAGAAAUAUGUCAGAGGCACCCAGAGGCCAGCAAACGCAUCCGUAAGCUCUUCCCCCUUCUUCUACAAAAGCUAAGGCAGAUCAUGUCUGAAUAUUCUCCUGAACAUGCAGUUUCUGGUGUUACUGACCCCUUCCUCCAGGUGCGCCUCUUGCGGUUGAUGAGAAUUCUAGGACAGAAUGAUGAGAGUAUCUGCGAUGCUAUGGGUGACCUGCUGGCCCAGGUCUCCACCUGCACUGAAACACAGUCUAAUGCUGGGAAUGCUGUAUUGUAUGAGACCGUUUUGACUAUUGUGGACACCAAAUCUGCAAGUGGUCUGCGUGUUCUUGCUGUUAACAUCCUUGGACGGUUUCUCUUAAGUAACGAUAAAAACAUCAGAUACGUUGCGCUCACGUCUCUCCAGCGAUUGGUCCAGACAGACAAUGCAGCGGUGCAGAGACAUCGAGCGACCAUUGUGGAAUGUCUCAGACAGACUGACACAUCUGUGAACAGGAAGGCGCUGGAGUUAUGCUUCGCACUAGUGAAUGAAGCCAACAUCCGGGUUAUGAUGAAGGAACUCCAAAGGUUUCUGCAAACAUGUCAGCCAGAGCUGAGAGAACAAUGUGCCUCUGGAAUAUUCCUGAGUGCUGAGAGGUUCUCCCCCUCCAAGCGUUGGCACAUAGAUACUAUAAUGGAGACACUGAUCACAGCUGGGGAGAGCGUUCGUGAUGAUGCUGUAUCUCACCUAAUUCACCUGAUCAGAGGAGCCUCUGAGCUGCAUGCAUACAUUGUGCAAAAGCUUUACAAAGCUGUGAGGGAAGACAUUGGGCAGCAGCCAUUGGUUCAAGUGGCCUCCUGGUGCAUUGGGGAAUAUGGUGAAUUACUGCUGCUUGGAUCCUGUGAGGAGGAAGAGCCUUUACAGGUAACAGAAGAUGAGGUUCUAGAUGUCCUGGAAGGAAUACUACAGUCUCACAUCUCCACACCAAGCACACGGGCCUAUACGCUGACGGCCAUCAUGAAACUGAGCACCCGCUUCAAACAAAAUGUGGACCGUAUACGCCGUGUGGUUUCUAUAUACGGCAGCUGUCAUGACGUGGAGUUACAGCAGAGAGCAGUGGAGUACAAUGCUCUGUUCAAGAAAUACGACCACAUGAGGGCAGCCAUCUUGGAGAAGAUGCCUGUGGAAGAGAAAUCUGAAGGAGGAGAUAUUCUGGCAGAGGAAAGACGAACACCUGUAGAGAGCUUACCCCAAAGUCAACCCUCCUCAGUGCAGACAUUAAGCCAGGUCACAGAUCUCUUGGGGCUGCUUGAAGAGAGCCCUGUGAAUGUAAUUACACCAGUUCCUGCUGCUGACCUGAAUGUUACCCAGAAUCUUCAUAAUGGUGGCAGCCUCUUGGACCUGUUGGAUGAUACCCCAGUUCCAGCAUUACCUCCCUUGGUUGUGUAUAAUAAUCAUGGGCUUAAUGUAGAGUUCUCUUUUCUACGUCCGCCCACUAAUCCUGCACUUCUAGUCAUCACUUCCUGCGCCACUAAUUCUUCUGACAGUGACAUGACUGACUUCCAGAUGCAGGCUGCUGUACCCAAGAGUGUUCAGCUCCAGCUUCAGGCUCCCAGUGGUUCCAUCGUCAAAGCAUCUGGUAUAGGAGCUGUCACACAGUGUAUCCGGGUCCUAAAUCCUCAAAAGGUCCCGCUAAAGAUGCGUCUUCGUUUUUCUUUCUCGCACAGCGGAAAUUCUGCUCAAGAAAUUUGUGAAAUUGGCAAUUUCCCUGUAGGAACCUGGCAAUGAUCUAACUGCAUACUGGAUAAAACUUGGCUGUAACAUGAAGAGAAAGAGUUACUCCUAUAUGACAAGGAAAUGAACUCUGUGCAAGAAGGGAGAAAAGCAGGGAUUUAAAACAUUGUGUGAGCAGUGAUAUAUUAUUUUCUGUACAAUAUCAAAUCCACAGACUGGAUCACAUUGCCAGCAAUAGUGCAGGUGAAAUGAAAGUCACACUCCCAAGUACGUUAUGGGGAUUCAACAUGGCAACAUAAGGGCAGUGUUUUUGAGAAGUCUCAUUGCAGAUGUGGUCAGACUCUGGUUGUGUUAUUUGUUUGUUCAGUGGCUGAAGCAAUCUGUAAUAAAAAUACAUCUUUUCAUAAUGA